CUGCCGUCUCCCAACUUGGCAACCACUGUCUUUCAGAGCCGCAGCAGGAGAAACGACUGGCAUUCCUCAAGCUAGGAUGAAGCUCCAAAGGGUGGUCCAAGGCUCUCUGCUUCUCUUCAUCCUGGCCAGCUGUGUCGGUGCCGCCAAGCCUUCCGCCAUCAACCUGCAGACCUUCACAGGCUGUGCCGUGCGUGAGUUCACUUUCCUGGCCAAGAAGCCUGGUUGCAAGGGGAUGCGAAUUACCACGGACUCCUGUUGGGGACGUUGCCAGACUUGGGAGAAACCAUUGCUGCAUCCCCCUUACAUCGAAGCGCACCAUCGGGUCUGCACUUACAACGAGACCAAGCUGGAAAUGGUGAAACUGCCAAACUGCGCGGCCAACAUCAGCCCUUUCUACACAUACCUCAAGGCCAUCCGGUGUGACUGCGGCAUGUGCCUCACCGAAACCACAGAAUGCGAGUCUGCCUGA